GCUAUAAACGGAACUGUAGACAGAUUCAGGAAGCGUAUUCCUCUGCGAGCUGUCAGCUGACUCGUGUUUUGAAGGGAAGUAAUUUCUGCUGCGCAACAAACGCCAGUGCUCGACUUUGUAAACGAGUUGGUGGCAUCACUGAGAAGACUAAAAAUGUCGAUGACUGUGAAAGCUUAUCUCGUUGGAAAAGAAGACUGUACUAAAGAGAUCCGGCGCUUUGCCAUCGAUCAAGACGUCUCAACUAGUUACGAGUACUUGAGUCGCAAGGUGGUGGAUGUUUUUUCAAACCUCCGGAAUGUUUCCCUCCAAAUGUAUUACAAAGAUGAGGAUGGUGACAUGAUUGCCUUCUCUUCUGAUGAGGAGCUGAUCAUGGGUCUGGCGCUAGUGAAGGAUGACACCUUCCGCCUCUUCAUCAAGGAAAAGAAGGAGCACAAGCGUGACUUCUCGCCUCAUGGCAAGCAAGGGCUAUCUUUACCCCCUGCUUCAGGACCACAUCACAUGGGACCCCAUGGGCACCACCACAUGGGGCCUUUAGGACCUCCUCCUAUGGGCCCACCUCAUCACCCCCCCAUGGUUCACCCCAGUGUGACCUGUGACGGGUGUGAGGGACAGGUGGUCGGGACUCGUUUUAAGUGCACUGUGUGCCGAGACUAUGACCUGUGUUCCACCUGCCAGGCCAAGGGCCUUCAUAAGGAGCAUCCUCUUUUGCCCAUUUUUCACCCCAUGGCUAACAUGUUUGAGUGGUUCCCUCGUGGGAAGGGCUGGCGUAAGAUGAAGCACUGCAUGUGGGCUGGAGCUCAAGCUCAUGUCCAGGCCCAAAACCAGGCUCAAAACCAGGCUCAGCCAGGUCCAUCUGUUGCCCAGCCUAGCUCCCAGGAGGCCGAGUCACAGGAUAGCCAGGCUCAAAAUGGAGCCUCUACAUCUGCCAAGGCCAAUAUGGAGUAUCUGAAGAACAUUGGAGAGGGAGUGGCUGCCAUGCUGAUCCCCCUUGGCAUAGAUGUGGACAUUGAUGUGGAGCAUGAGGGUAGGAGGACCAAAGUGACACCAACCCCCCCUGCUUCGAGUGGACCUCCUAGUACUCGGAGCGACGGAGGCCUCCUUUCCACUGGGGCAGAGGGGGAUUCUACAAGUUCAAGCAGUGUAGAAGCUACUGAGGGAGCAAAGGAUCAGAAAGACAAAGAUGAGGAGUGGACUCAUGUGAGCUCAAAGGAAGUGGAUCCAUCCACAGGCGAGUUGCAGUCAUUGGGGAUGCAGGUGGAUGGGCAUGAGGAAGUAACCAUUUGCCCUGCCUCUCUCUGCACCACCUCUAACCAAGGCCCCACUGGGCUGCGUGAGGCUGCUCACUACCCACACCUGCCCCAAGAUGCAGACCCUCGACUAGUGGAAUCUCUGUCUCAGAUGCUGUCAAUGGGGUUUUCAGAUGAUGGUGGCUGGCUGACGAGGCUUCUCCAGACAAAGAACUAUGACAUUGGAGGUGCUCUGGACACCAUCCAGUAUUCCAAACCACCUGGUCCACCGAAAUGAAGGCCUGCAUGGUCUCAGAAAAAUAUUAAAUCCCCUUGCUAACCCUAUAGCAAUUUCUACCAAGUCUGCCUUUCCUACAUAAGUAAAAAUUUCCUUUCAUACUGCUGACAACAAACUACUCUGGUAUUUUAAAGAACAGUGAUUUAUAAUCUUUAUCAACACUUGUCUUUAAUGAAAUACAACUUGUAACCUUAACAAAUUAUAUAAUGACUACAUAACCUACUGAUUAAACUUCUCAUGUUUUAUAAAAAUGGUACCAAAAAAAAAUUCAAAUUGGUCAACAUUAAGAAAAACAUGGCUAUUGAACAAAUUUCUUAUAGUCACUGUUUCAAGGCACCAUUUACUUCAACAAUAUUUCUCAAAUGAGUUUUUUUGUUAGAAUGAAUAGGAAUCAUUUGUUCUAUUUUCAAAGUUUCGUGCUCUGACUGUCAAAUAAAAUGCCUCAGCAAAAUUAUUAAAA